AUGAUACACGAUAAAUCUUAUAGACAUCAUCAUAAAUCAAAUAAGCAUGUAAGCAAACAUUCAAAUAGCGAAAAUGGAAAAAAAAUAGGAAAUUAUAAUUCUGAAAAAAAAACAAGGGGAAAAUAUGAAAAUAAUAUUAACAUAAAUAAUCAUGAUAAUAAUAAAAAUGAAAAAAAUAGUGGACUUUUGUGGAAUUGUAUGAAAAGUUUAUACUCAUCUGUUUCUUCAGUAGUAAAAAAUAAAAUAUUUACUAAUGACAUUAUAGAAGAAAAUAAUACAAGACAUUAUAGAAAUUUAGUUUCAGAUAAAUUUCGAAUAAUUGAUAAAAAAUCAAAAAAAUAUAAAGAAAAAGAUUUAAAUCGAAAUAAAUAUUCAGGAAGUGUAAUAAGUAACGAUAAAUAUUCUUUAGACACUCACCAUAAAAAUGAAUCAAUUAUUUCAUCUAAAAUUAAAGAAAAUUAUAAAAAAAAAUAUGAUAAAUAUAAUGAAAAAAAUAUAGAUAAAUAUAAAGAUCGUUAUGAAGAAAAUAUUUCUCAAAAAAAAAAAAAAAAAAAAGAUUUUACAUAUGAUUUUUCAGAAAAUGAUAUUAAAAACUUAUUUAUGUCAAGUAAUGAUUUAAUAGAAUAUCCUUAUUAUCAAUCUAUUCAAAAUGAUUUAACAAAAAUUGAUGAAAAUAAUACUUUACCAUUUCGAAAUACUAUAAAUGAUGUAAUACAUAAAGGUUUAGAUGCAGUUGCAAAACAUUCUGAUUCUAAAUCCACAAUUACCAAUAAUAAUAUUUCCAAGGAACAAAAUUUAAGUUCCUAUGCGACUAAAAAUGUAUCUAAAAAUUCGCAAUUACAUAAUCUUGAUUUACAAAAUAAAAAUAUUUUAAAUGAAUUAAUGGAAAACAAACAAAAUGAAAAUCAUAUUUCUAAUAUAAAAGAAGAAAUAUUAGAUAAUUCACCCAUAAAUAAUAAAUUUGAAAAUAAAAAUAUUAAUAAUUUACAUAAUUAUACUAUUAAUCUUAAAACGAAUUUUUCUCAUUUAUUAUUCGAGGAAUUGCAUAGGCAUGAACAAAAUGUAAAAAUUAACAAAAUAGAAAAGGAAAUAGAAAAUAAAACAAAUAUAUCUUUUAAUAAAAUUAAUUAUUCUGAAAAAACAAGCAUGAUUUCAAGUAUACAACAUUCUGAGACAAAUAUUAUGCAUGAAUUUUUGGAAAAUUACGGAAUGAAAAAUAAGGACAUAGAAUAUUCUAAAAUUAACAAUAUUGGGGGAAAGGAUGAUAAAUAUAAAGAAUCUGAAGAAAAUUAUGGCAAAAAAAUUGGAGAAAAAAAUAGCGAAAAAAAUGGAGAAAAUAACGACGAAAAUGACGAUGAAGAUGAACAAAUAAAGAUUACCACAUUUAGUAAAAAAGAAAAAACAAUUAAAGAGGCCAACAAAAUGGAUGACAAAAAAAGUAAUGCUAGUAAUAAAAAUUAUAACCAGCCAAGCUUUUUAGAUUCACUUUUUUAUUCUAAACAAAAUGAAGAUGAAGACAUAAUAAUAUUACCUAAUAUAAAAUCAAACAAUUCUGUAAUUGAUGAAAAAAUAAAUCAUCAAAAAGAGACACAUAUCGAAAGGAUAAUUGAUAAUAAUAGCAAAUUUAAUAAUGAUACAUGGAGUGAAAAAGAUUAUAAUAAAAAUAAAUUUCCUUUACCCAAUAAAAUGAGUAAACCAAAUAACAAUUUUGGAGAACAUCAUAUUAACAAUUAUAUAAAAAAUAACGAAUAUAUAAAAAAAAUGAGAAAUCAAUAUAAAGCAUUAAUAAGAGUAAUAGAUACAUAUAUAGACGAUAAUAUAAAUGGUGAAGGUUUAAACAAUUCAUUUAUUAAUAAAAAUGAUCAAAAUACACUAAAUAAUAAUAAAAUCGAGGAAAAUAUAACAGAUAAUUCCUUUAGUAAAUGUAAUGAAGCCAUAAAAAUUGUUGAUGAUAUUAAUUUAGAAAAUGAAGAUAAAUAUGUAAUAUUAAAAUAUGAUGAAGAUUCACUUAUUGAAGCAUUGGAAAAAUUGCGUAUUGAUAAACAAAAAGAAAUUGAAAAAAAAAAUAAAAAAGAAAAUAAAUAUGAAAAAAUAGAUAAAAAUUUAUUUUUUAAAUGUAAAAAAAAAAAUUAUUAUGAUGAAGCUAUAUCUAUAUUAAAUAAAAAAAGUGAUAAUAAUAUUUUAAUUGAAAAAUUUAAUGUUCCCCUUAUGUAUUCUCAAAUCAAAUGUCUAAUUGAUACAUGUUGGUUAAAUGAUGAAAUUAUUAAUUUUUAUUUUAGUAUGUUACAAGAAUAUAAUGAAACGAGUAUAAAAAAUGGAUUAACACAUUUUCCAAAAAUGUUUACAUUUAGUACAUUUUUUUUUCAGUCAUUAAAUUUCAAUGAUUCAUACAAUUAUAGUAAAGUAUCUAGAUGGACUAAAAGAAAAAAAAUUAAUAUUUUGGAAUAUGAUUUAAUACUUAUACCUUUACAUGUUGGUGGAAAUCAUUGGACAUUAGGUGCUAUUAGUAUAAAGGAUAAACACAUUAAAUUAUAUGAUUCUUUAAAUAUGCCAAAUAAAAAAUUUUUUGAAUAUAUGAGACGUUAUAUUGUUGAUGAAGUUAAAGACAAAACACAAAUAACUAUAGACAUAUCCCCAUGGAAAUAUGAUUCUAACGGAUUACCUGAGGAUGGAAUGCCAUGUCAGGAAAAUGGAUAUGAUUGUGGAGUCUUUACAUGCAUGUUUGCAAAAUGUUUAACUUUUAACAGAGAUUUUGAUUUUAAUCAAAAGGAUAUAAAAGAAAUCCGACUGAAAAUGGUUUAUGAAAUAUCUCAGGGGAAUCUUGUGUUUUAG